AUGAACCAGCUCGUCCCAGCAUCAGCAGAAUCGAAGGUCUUGUACAAGAGCUCGUCGCCUGCACACCCCAACAAAUUUUCACAGACAUUGCUUAAAGUGACGACUGAGCAAAGACCACUGACGGUGCCGCUCGUUGGCUGA